AUGCCCAACACAGACUACACGACCGCCGGCGGCGCCCUCAAGCUAAAAGGCAGUAGCACCAGCGGCAUCGACAAAAAGCGCAAGAAAAAGAAGCCCCCAAAACCGCCCGAAACCAGCGAUGCUUCUACGACCGCAGGUGCUGCGGAUGGCGCCUCAACCCCUCAAACCAAGGGAGAGAAGAAGAAGAAGAACGAGACACAAAAGGACAUGCAGGCCCUGCUGGCAGACGAAGACGCCUUGGCAACACCCGCAAGCGCCAGCGCAUCAGAAGACACCGCGCCAGCCACUCGAUCCGAAGGAGGGGCAGGAGAUUCGACAAAAGAGUCAGCACGGUAUGCUGGCAAGACAGCCGCUGAGCGCGCGCACGAGGAGCGGCGGCGCAAGCGAUUGGAUGAGCGGUUGAGACGGGAGGGACUCAAGACGCAUAAGGAGCGCGUGGAGGAGCUGAAUCGGUAUUUGUCGAAUCUGAGUGAGCAUCAUGAUAUGUGA